AUGGUCUGCAAUCGACCCCUGCAGGGUGCGGGCGCGAGACGCGUCUGCAAGGCUUUAACAAGUCAAGUGCGUGAACUGUCACGGCGAUCGCCUUUGUCGGAGUUUUCCUCCGAGGAGCCCCCGGGGGUUGUGACUAAAGUGAGAGGUUUGGGAGACAGCCAGCGGAAGCACUGGUCUAUUGAUGGCCGGUUUUGGCUGCUGAUUCACCGGUUUUGGCACCACAUUAUACCACCAGAGAAAUGUGAGCCACACCUAACAAGGACUGCAUACUUUUCAGGAACUCUACGCACUACAAAUCCGAUGGAUGAUGUGCGGCCCUGGAUAAUCAAGAAAAUCAUAGAAGGACCACUGAAGCGUUUAGAGACUGAGUCGAUAUUGGAUAAACAGACUGCAAGCGUCUUACCACUGGAGCCAUUUCGCACACAAAAGAUCCAAUUCGUUCGAUUCCAUUCUCCUCAUCGGUGGGGAUCGCAGGAGCCGGUUUGGGCUGAGGCGUCUGAUCGGGACGUGGUUAUCCUCGUCUAUCUCUCCCCACAGAUCAUCCAAAAGUUCGAGUCCGAUCAGAAGGCUGAUAAACGCUCAUUCGGCCAACUCGGCUUUCCCACCUUCUCGUUGGGCGGUUGUCGCUGGAUUUGGGACGCCCCUCCUAAUACCAAUCGCAGCGGCGAAAGAAUCUUCAAAAACCAACUCUGUCUCAAAGUCGUCUCAGAUCUUCCCAAAAAGGUUUUCAAAUUCGGCUCUGUCAUCAAUUGUCCCGCCCCAAGUUUUCGCUCCCUAAAGGAUUCCAGGAGCUCUCGUGAUCUGUAUACGCUUAACUUGGCACUCAAGGAAAAUCCGCAAUGGAACUUAUUGGUUAAACGAUUGCGGGUCACUCAUGAUCCGAGAUUGACGGCAUCAGGAUUGGACACGACUGAUGGUUCCCGAGACUUGAGCUCAUUAGUUUACGUGUCGAUUCCUCUUCCCAGUGUGUCGAAGCCUCGUGGAGCCCAAGCCCGUAGGAAGGCGCGACAAUCCAAACCAUAUUCGAAACCGACCGAGCUACAAUCCAAGUCCGCAACAACUCAUGGCCCCAUGGAAGUGCGGAAUAAGGAAAUCACAGAUUCGGCGACCGAUCACCCGAAAAAGAAGCGAAAGUUAAUUUCAACUGGCCCGGUUUCAAAGACAAAUGUGGCCGAUAUGUCAAACGUGGAUAGCAACCUGGAUACAGUGAUGGGGCAAGGUGCUUCGAGUGUUAGAUCGCCUGAUGGAGCUCACGCGGUCAAAGUAGCCGGGAAGGAUCUUCUCCGAUCAGAACCAAACCUGUCUGAUCGAUCAGAAGCUGGCCCAGAGAAUCACAACCCUAAAAUGGCAGAUGUUUCCGUGAGAACCGAACCACUUCAGCACCGAUCAACAUCCACUGAUAGAAUACCGGAAGAACAAAAUGAUACCGUAAUGCUGAACGUCAGCUUGAAAACCGGACCACUCGAGCACCAAUCAAAACCCAAUGUGUCUGAUAAUCUCGAAAAUGAGAGACGAGAUACCGAUGUAGCGAAUGAUUCUUCGAAGGUUCAAUUACUUGGGCAGCCAUCAAACUUACGGGUUUCAAGUGGAUCCGCAAAUCUCGCCGAUGAUGGGGCUGUUGUAAUGACUGGCAUUGCUGCUACCCCGUCGAUCAAUCUGCGAGAAACCUCUACAUCUGUUACAGCUAAGAAUGAUGAGCGGAGAACAAGUGAUCCAUCCAGGGGCGUUUCAUCAGGGGAACAACCUAGAUCAGAUGCCGCUGCCGCUUCCUCGAGACAAGUUACUCCGACUGAAGCGCGUCGGGAAAAUUCCAAAUUACAGCUUCUAUCAUCAGCUUCUGCUCCUCUGGACCAACCCGGAACCUUUUCAAUUUAUUUCUCGUCCGAUGAUUACCCCGAACUCGGACAUUCUAACAUCUCUCCUGGCUGCUCUCGUCCCCGCUCUUCUAAACCGUUUGUUUUGAAAAUCAAAGGACGUAGAUUAUCGAAAUACUUUCUUUGAAGAUCUGUCAUCUGUUCACAUCUUGCAUACAUAAAUCAUCACAGAACUACCUUUCUUGUUAUUGAUCACCUCCCAUAGAGUUCUUCUUGUAAAUCACAUCGGUCUUUUUGUUUCAUUUACAUCAAUCUAAAAAUUUUCAAGUCAUUAGUUUGCAUCAAUACAUCAUCAUAGAAGCACCUUUUCUUGCCCUUGUUUAUCUUCCUUAGAGUUCAUGUAAAUCAGUCGGAUACUUCUUGUUUCACACGCACCAAUUCAACCUUUUCAAGUCAUUGGGGUAUUUGUACUUCGGUUUUGUUUGUCACACCUUCACUGCCAAUCAACUCCCCAAGAUUACUUUACAUCUAUGGCAUCCUUCCUUGCCUCUUUUUCUUAGUUAUAUGCCUCACAGAAAUCUGUUAUAACAACCGCUGUCAUAUCAUUUUUUUUCCUGAAAAACUUGCAUGUUUUGAAGGAUCAUGAUGAUUCACAAGUCCACCAAUCGUGAAUUGAUGAAUAAAAAAA